AUGCCACAGGCUGCUUCACUGCUGUCCUUUCUGCUGCUUGUAGGACAUGCUUUUGCAGGGCUCAGUAUCUGGCCCUCGUUUCACGUCGCCCUCAGCAAUGGCAAUGUGCUUGUAGACUUCAACACAAACUCCAAUAUCAGCACCACGACCCUCUCUAUGGUCAACAUGGAAACCAACACCACCGUUCUAACCAGGACUCUUCCCAGCAACCAACUGGUUGGAAGGGUGGAGCUCGAUUGUUCCUGCUUCCUGUAUGCAGGAACUUUCCGGUUCCUGAUGAGGCAGACUAGCAUCGCAGCUGUUUCUCACGCAAACAGAACAGAAAGCACUGGCACAAAGAGCUCGACCUGGUGGUGGAGUUCUGAGCUACAGGUGCAGUGGCCCACCUUUCAUAUUGCUGUGGAGAGAGCAGGAAACCACUCACAGUCUUUUCAGGUUGGGAUAUCCACAAAUGAGCAGUUUCGGGCUUGCUCCAGCAGCACUGACUCCGCCCUCUUCUUAGAAGUGAACUACAUGGAGUCCAACCAGAUAGGGAGGAACGCCACUGACAAGAUUCAAGCUACCACAAGAAAAAUAAUCAAACCCCUCCGUUCCCAGAGUGUUCAGCUGCCCUGUACGUUCCCAUUUACUGAGAAGGACUUUAUAAAAGUGGCUUUGAAGUCGCCGCAUACAGCUCAAGAAGUAAAGAGCUCUGGACCUCUCUACCUGUCACGCAUUUUCUCCUAUAAACUGCUGGUGGAAAACGCCCAUGCUUACAAGCGUGGCUGUGAGGGAACAGUGACUGUUAAAAUAACAUCGCCACCGUGCGCUUACAUCAACGGUAAAGUGUUGCUGUACAGCGAUGCAGAUGUUGGAAGAGGCGGUGCUGCCUCUGCAGUGAUGGAGUUUGGACCAGAGGAACCUUCUUAUCCUCCUUUGGCUGCCAACUGGUUGACUCAAGGACAGAAUGAGACUGAAUUCAACUGCUCUUUGUUUUACCCAGGGAAAAACAAGUACUGCUUUCAUUUUGUUUUCAACCUCAGCCAUUCCCCCAGCUCGACACAGACGUGUCUGGUUGUCUACAGGAGUGCAGAAUCUUGGGGGCCCUGGCAGUCGUGGAGCGUGUGCAGUGUGAGCUGUGGAGAGGGGGUGAGGGAGCGAGUGCGUGAUUGUUUACUGCCCUCAGGUGUACGAGGAGUGCAUUGCACGGGAAUGAUGAAGGAGCAGUCUCUAUGCUCACUGGAAGACUGCAGCGAGUUAUCUUCUCCUACAUCUCUCUACCCUGUACCUGAUGGAGUUCAACCCCUCGAUGGAAACAUGAUUGUGGUGCUGUCUAUUUUCCUCUGCUUGGCUGUGAUCACGACUACCGUUGUGGUAACGGUGUGGAAAAAGCUUUGUCGUGCACCUCAGUGCAGCUCAGUUCAUGGAGGUUCCAUGCAUUCCCCUGGGGGGCGCAAACUUUCAGAUGAGGCCUCCAUCUGUGGCCACAGUCUCCAAAGGCCCAGCUUGUGUGAUGGUCAUGGCCCAUCAGGGGACAUCAGUUCCCAGAAGGACAGACCCUCCUUUCGAACUCAGUCUCUGGUGAUGUCACUUUCACAGGACCCAGAAAGGCUGUCUCCCACAGGCCAGAAGGUUUUACCACCGAUAUUUGGGUACCGGUUGGCUCAGCAGCAGUUAAAAGAAAUGAAGAAGAAGGGGUUAAAAGAGGCCACACAGCUAUACCAUGUCUCCUCCAGCCCUGUCGUCAACACCAUGGGAGAAACAUCUGCCUCACCCACUACCUCCCCUUUUUCCACCCUGACAGAAUUUGCUCAUGUUGCCCUUCCCUUGGGACCGCACGACAACGUUAAUCAGAAUCAGCUUUGUAUUGCAACACCCUUAUCGGAGCUAUUGCAGGAGACCUCAAAAGUUACGUCAGACAGACUGAGUCCCAGAUUGGAGCUCGUUCUAGGUCCACAUGUCUCUGCUCAUUCAAGUAGGAGAAGCUCAAAUUGUCAAGAACGCACCGCUGAUUGGGUAGAAAUGGUAAAGAGGAGUGGAUUGGCAGGCCAAGGAGGAGAUGCUUUGUCUGAAAACACCUGCCAUAAGAAUCCACACUUCAGGCGCACCUCAAGUUUUAAUGACUCCAAACCCCAGCUGAUGUCACCAGCUCACUCCAGACAGUUCAGAGAAAGAAGCAUGACUCAGGUGGGCUCUUGUAUGCUUCCAGAAGGAAGUGUUUGGACCAAAAGAGAAUGGGAGAGACAACCACAUCGUUCAAACCCCAUUCCAGAGCAUACAGUCUCGGAGUGGGUUAAAGCCAAACCCCAGUUAAAUGACCAUAAAAAGCCUUGGAUGGAAACACCAGUUUCUUUACUUGAUAAUCAAUUCAAACACACAAGAACAAACACAAAUGGCCUAUUAGCAUCCAAGAAACCUGCUGACGCACACCUCAGUGGAACAGCAGUAAGAGUAAAGGCUGGUGGCCCAGAAGGUGGAGCGUCAGCCUCAAGAAUUGGGGGUCCACCCUCAGGAAUUCCCAGAUUUCAUAAAGCGAACCAAAUAAGUGUGGAUCAAGCGGAGCAGAACUGGAACCGUCGUGGCCCAUCGCCUAUCCAGAGGAACAUGCUGGCCCGUAAGCUGAAGGAGGCUCAGUCCUGCUCAGGAGUCAAUGGGCGCAAGCGUAGCUCCAGCUUCAGUGUAUCACCUUCUGAGCCAAGGAAAGAGCGGUGCCAUUCUCUGCCAAAGUCUAAAAACUACAACUGUAGUGUCUCUCCCUACAGGCUGAGUGAGGCAGAGGAGAGGAUGCUGGACUUGGAUCUGUUCUCAGUAUUUGUACAGGAAGAGGGAAAGAACACAUGAG